CUCUCUCUUGUGACGUGGGUCGGGUCACCCACCCAUGGCCGAAUCACCGUAUCCUGUCCCACAGCAUACGCUCCAGCAACCGCUGCUACCACCGGCGCAUGGGUCUGGUCUCCCCCCUGCAGGGGCAUCGGCACCGCCACCAGCUGCUGCCGGUGGUUCCCUCGGCGACUUUGCCAUUCCCAUCUCGCCUUCGUCGGAGAACCUGCUGGACCUGCUGGAGCGGGCGUCGGCCAUGGCACAGAUGACCGCUGCACCUGAGGAGUCAGAGCCCAUGUGGUCGUUCUCGCAUUCGGCCGGAGACUCGGAUCAGGUCCAGCAGCGGUUCGAGAAGCAGUUCCUCUCCGAGUUUGCCUCACAGUACUCGGAGGACUGCUCGCACUACGAGCUCACGGAUCCGCUGCCGUUUGUCAAGCACGGGAUGCAGAAUCUGCUGCAGGAUGAGUUUACGCUUUGCUUUGACUCGGAUCGGGCGCGGCCGUGGAACUGGAACGUCUACCUGUUUCCGAUGUGGCUGCUCGGGCUGGUGGCGCGUUACCUCAUUCUGUUCCCGCUCCGACUGCUUGGUGUGGUGCUGGGCUUUAUGGUCUUCCUCACGCUCUUUACCGUGGCAACAUGCCUGCCGACGGCGUCGAUGCGCGCAGCCGGGCAGCGUCAGGCUAUUCGCUGGCUCUCGUUUGUGUUUAUGAUGUCGUGGUCGGGAGUGAUCAUGUUCCACGGCUCGCGGCCGGCGCGGCGGGCGAACCAGAUCUUUGUGGCGAACCACACGUCUGUCAUUGACGUGGCGGUCCUGAUGCAAGACGCGUACCUAUACGCGCUUGUGGGGCAGGCACACACCGGGGUCCUUGGCCUCUUGCAGAACUACGUGCUCGGCUGCCUCGGGUGCAUCUGGUUCGAGCGUUCGCAGGCAAAGGACCGGGCGGCGGUGGCGGCCACCAUUUCCGAGUACAUCCGCGACCCGACGGGCAACCCGCUGCUGCUGUUUCCGGAGGGCGUGUGCGUGAACAACAAGUUUGUGUGCAUGUUCAAGAAGGGUGUGUUCUCGAUGGAGGGCGUGGAGAUCUGCCCAAUUGCAGUGCGGUACAACAAGGCGCUGUCGGACCCGUUCUGGAACUCGCGGGCCGAGUCGUUUGUUUGGCACCUGCUGCGGCUGAUGACGUCGUGGGCGGUGGUGGCGAACGUGACGUACCUGCCGCCGGUCCGGCGCAAGGCCAACGAGACGGCGGUCCAGUUCGCCAACUCGGUCAAGUCGUCGAUUGCGCGUGCGGCCGGGCUCAAGGACACGCCAUGGGACGGGUUCCUCAAGUACGUGUCGCCGUCGCCGCGGUUUGCCGAGCACCAGCGGCAGAUCUACACCCGCUCGCUCCUGCUCCGCUUCCGGAUCUCGCACGUCAAGCGGGCUGCGUCUGUGGCUAGGAUGGCGUCGGGCGAGUCCUCGCCGGGAUCGGGCCGGCUCCCCUCGCCGGACCCGGCUCUCGGUGCGGCGCCCAUCUUCCUUGGCUACCAGCGAGUGCCGUCGCCGACGCGGUCGCCCGGCCCGCCGCAGCGCCGGCGGGUUGGCUCGGAGCCGGAUCCGCUCUCGUUCUCGCUCUCGGACGUCUCGGACUUUUCCGACGAUGACAACAGCAUGAUGACGUCGGGGCACAGCAUGGCGGUGUACGCCACGCCCGAGCUCGAGCCCCGGUACCUCGAUCUUGCCUCGCAGUCGGCCUCUGCUGCGCCACUGCCUGUCGUGGCCAUCUCGUCCGAGCUCGCCCACCGCAAGACGAAUGUCUCGCCGCCUCGCAAGUCGGCUUCAGGCAAGUCACAGCCGGACAAGCCGCAAGCAAGUGUGUCUGGUCCUGAGCUGGGGCCAACGUAA